AUCUGAUGUGAAGAAAUAAAAAUAUCGUCUGGUAACUUUAGUUUCCAUUUUACAUUGGCGGAUCGUUCAAAUCAUUUAGUUAUUGUUCCAUUUCUUGAAGAUGUUAAGGGCAUUUGAAAAUAAUUUUAGAGACAUGUUUUCACCCUUUGCUAAAACAACUAUAGUGAAACCGCUGCGUGAAAAAAAUGACUUUGGAGUGUUACAAAAAGAUAAUGGCUCUUUGGUUUACCCUUUCAAAAAAAGCAAAGAAAGUAUUGGAAUUUAUGGUAAACAGAGUGACCUUAUUAAAAGUCUGAAUGAGGACAAAAAGAAAAAGUUUUCGAAAAUUGACUCAGCAUAUUCUAAAUUGCAUGCUGAGUUACAAGAGAUUGAAAAAUGGAAACUUUUAAUUGAGAUGGAAAACAAAGAAAAGAAUAAGAAGAUAGAAGAGCUCUCACAAUCUACUGAAGAGCAACGGAAGAUUGCUGUUAACUAUCAGUUGGAAAAUGAAAAUCUAAAUUUGCAGCUAGUCGAGGAAAUGCAGCAGAGAAGCUUCGUUUCUGAAAAAUUGCAUGCAACGAAAGAAAUGUAUUCAGCUUUAAAAAAACAUUUUAAUACACUGCAAGGUCAUUUUGAAUAUCGUAAUAGGAUUGAAGAUAUGAUUAAAGCAGCUGAUAACAAAAGAUGUGCAGACGUUGAAAAUCUAAAGGAGAUGUUUAAUAAAAUGCAAUUAGAGCAAUCUGAUAGAAUUGAUUAUUUGAACUGUGCUUUGGAGGCUGAAACAAAUAAGCUUUUAGAUGUAAGGGAAAGAUUCGAACUGAAGCUUGGAGAAAUGGAGCACGAGAGGGAAGCUUUGUGCACCAUGGUUCGAAAUCUGGAAAACGAAAUUGGAAAUCUUGGACAACAACUCGACACUGAAAAAAAUAAUGUUCAAUUUCUUGAGAAAGAAAAAGAAAAGUUAAUGUCUGAUUUAACUGAAAUGCAGAACUCCAACGAACAUUAUGAUACUCUAUUACGAGAACAAAAAGAAGAGUUAAAAAAUAUUGAAGUUUCAAGAGAGGAGAAAGAAAAACAGCUUGCCUUUCAAUCAUCAAUUAUUAAAGAUUUGGAAGCGAAAUGCAAAGAAUUAUUAGAAACUAAUGCAACGCUUAACACGGAAGCGAGUGCUGUUCAUAGUUUGAAACAAGCGAAUGAACAGCUCAAAAGCGAAAUUGUUGAUUUGGAAAAAAGAUUGAAGGAAGAAGAGGAUAAAAGUUUUGAGUUGCUCUCUUCUCUACAGACUAUGCAAAAUCAACAUGCCAAUCUUGAACAGAAAAUUAGUGAAGAAGUAGUGGAAUUGGAGGCCUUUAAGGAUUUACAAGUAAAAUACAAUGAGUUAAAUGAAUCCAAUGCAGCAUUGCUAAAUGAGAAAGCCAAACUUGAGACGAAACUGAAAGAUUUAUCAUCCUAUUUAUCCGAGCUCGAAGCUGAUAAAGAAAAAUUGUCAAUGCUAUGCGAAGAAAAUUCAGAACUCAUUGUUAAUAUUAAAAACGAUUGUGAGGAAAAAUUGGCUAGUGAAGCAAAUAAAUUAAACAAUGUUAAAAGUGAAUAUGAGCAGUUGCUGAGCGAGUUAGAAACAACUAAAGGAUGUUUGGCAGAAAAUUCCAAAACUCUUGCUGAAAUGGAAGAAAAG